AUGCAGUUUUCUAAAGGUCUGGGAUUUGCUCUUCAAAAAGUUGUUUUUCCUUCCAGGUCGCUGCUUGUGUCACCGAAAUUCGAUGGGUAUAGACGUUUCUUGACGAAUACGUACGUGUCCCAACCAGGUGCUUUAGAUCCCACAAUAUCUCGUUCUUGGACGCGACAGUCAUCGGAGAUCCAAUUAUCACGCUCGCUCCUUAGUCGACCUUUACAGCGGACCUGCGGUGGAACCAACAACUCCAAACUAUAUAACCGCAAGUUUUCUUCCACUUCCUACCACUUAAUUCCCGGUACAACAAAGGAAAUGGAACAAAACAAAAAAAUGGAUAAGCUGAAACGUCGCAUUCAAGAAAUUGAUAACCAAGAAGAAACUGAAACUACUGACGAAGUUCCUGCUGCGAAUGUUCUUCCUUCAGAAGGCAAAGUGAUUCAAUCUCCCGAACUGAAAAACUUGCUUCAACGCAAUCUGAAUUGGUCAAAAAAAACAACUCGCAACUACCCAUCCUUCUUCUCUGUCACCAAAGAUAUCCAAAGUCCUCAAGUCAUGUGGAUUGGAUGUUCUGAUUCUCGUGUUCCCGAAUCCACUGUCUUGGAUCUGUUGCCCGGUGAGGUUUUUGUCCAUCGUAAUAUUGCCAAUGUGGUUCCUCGCUCAGAUAUCAAUGCGUUGGCUGCUAUGGAAUACUCCGUCACUGCUCUCAAAGUUAAGCACAUUAUCGUGUGCGGCCAUUAUGGUUGCGGAGGUGUUGCAGCUGCUAUGGGCCCGAGUACCAACAACCUUAUGGAUCAUUGGCUCCGUCACAUUCGCGAUGUAAUUGAAGACAACCGCGAAGAGCUGGACUCUAUAAAGGACCCCGAUGAGCGUCGCCUUCGUCUCGCUGAACUAAAUACCCGUGCUCAAGCUGUUUCUGUAACCCGUGUUGGCUUUGUCCGUCAAGCUAUGGAGUCUCGUGGCUUGCAGGUUCACGGGUGGGUCUACGAUGUCGGCACAGGUAGAAUCAAAAGUUUAGACAUCUCUGAUGCUAUCAAGAAGGCCAAAUACAGCCCCUAUAACUAAGUUUUUAUAUCUCUCGGCUAUGCCUUUCGUUUUGUUUAUGCAUUUAUGUUUAUGUUGGGCAUGCGCUAUUUGUAGUAUUGCUUUCUUACGAGUUUUUUUUUUCAAUAGUUUUACCUACUUGUAGUGAAUCAUGAUUUACUAAAUCCAAUUUUCAUUCUUCCUAUAUCCUGAAUAGAAACUAAC